CUCAAUCUCAUCCAACCUGGCCCGGCCGUCGUCUUCACGUCGUUUCCUCCUCCCUACCGCGUAUUUCAUUGUCCCGACUCGCCGGCCCGUGGCCUCUCUGCAGUGACAGGCCCUUUGCAAUUUACCAUCGCCCGCGGCUCUCGACUUUUCCUGAGCCGUUGCUCAUCGCUCUCCGUUCGAUUCCCACCCGGUCUGGACACUCACAUCAGACGGGCAUGCCUUCACCACCUUGAUUUGCCUCGUUUCACGGCCACGCUGCUAAUCUGCCGCCAAUAUGGUGCAACCAAACGACUCCAAGUCUGCCGAGCCUGAAGCAAACCCGGCGUCGGAGCCAAUGGCCAAGACGUCGCCCAGCUCAGGCGCAGCAGAAAAAGAGGCCGUCAUUGACGUGGCCAUGCCGUACGGGACUCGCUCCCGCAACAGGACGGCCAGUUCUCGCCCCAACUAUGCCGAGGACAAGGACAUUGAGAUGGACAUGUAUGAUCACUACCCUGACAAGAAAGACAGCGACGCCGGCAAGAAGUCGUCGCGGCAGGUGAACGGCGCCAGCAAUGGCGAGGCGCCUCGCACCAACGGCAGCUCACGCAAAAACGCCAGCGCUGCUGCUGCUGCCGCCGCCGCCGCGGACGACUCCAAGGCCGGCCCCAGCCAGAACGGCUCCCAGGACGCAAAAUCCGGCGGCACCAUCCACGCAUCACAGGCCGCGUCAGGAUCGGGCACGUCGCAGGCCUCGCGGAAACGCAAGGCGGCCGCGAACCAGAACGGCGGCACGGCAACAGCGUCCGCUGCCACCUCGGCGGCCGCAACGCCGCCGGCCACGUCUUCGGCGGCCAAGAAGAACGCCCUCGCGGCUCAGAACCAACUUCAGGGCUUGACGUGGGCCGAGUCCAACAUGCUCACUUUCGAGACGUGCAAAGGCAUGCCGGACAAUGGUCGCAUGGUGGCCGACGACGGCACGGUGCUGGAGGCGAAUGAUCACGUCUAUCUCGUGUGCGAGCCCCCAGGAGAACCCUACUAUCUGGGGCGCAUCAUGGAGUUCAUGCACGCGGGCAACGACGCCGCCCGGCCGGUGGACGCGGUGCGCAUCAAUUGGUUCUAUCGCCCCAAGGACAUUGGGCGCAAGGCCAGCGACACGCGGAUGGUCUUUGCCAGCAUGCACUCAGACAUCAGCCCCUUGACGGCCCUGCGCGGCAAGUGCCAGAUCAAGCAUCGGCUGGAGAUCGAGAGCAUGGACGAGUACCGUCGGCAGCCCGACAGCUUCUGGUUCGAGAAGCUGUACGACAGGUACAUCCAGAAGAACUACGAUCUGAUUCCCACCCGGCUCAUUGUCAACGUGCCCGAAAAGGUCAAGAAGGUGCUGGACGAGCGCUGGAAAUACGUGCUAGUCGAGCAGGGGCGUGGCAAGGAGCUGACUAGCGCCGUUAAGCUCUGCAAGAGAUGCAGUGGCUACUGUGCAAGCAAUGACUCGGUUGACUGCGCAGUAUGUCUACACACAUACCAUAUGAACUGCGUCAAGCCGCCGCUGCUCAAAAAACCCUCACGUGGCUUCGCUUGGUCUUGCGCUGCGUGCAGUCGUGCUCAGGAGCGCAAACUGGAGGCCCGCCAUACCCCUAACACGGUUGAUACCGCAGACCUCAACGACGACGAGCCUCUGGACGACGACGAGGACGAUGUUCAUGGCGUCGAGACCAACAGGACAAGCCCCGCCGACGACGAUGCGCCUCACCAGGGUACCGCGGAGCAGAUUUACCAGGCUAGCCUCUGGCCGUGGCGUUAUCUCGGCAUGCAUUGCAAGCCGGAGGAUGCGCUGGAUUACGAUGACCGCAUUUACCCGCGCGCAGGCACCCGCAUUGGCCCAAGGAACCAGGCAACUGUCGGGCCUUGGCCUGGCCAGCCCGUGCAGUAUGUCAAGCCUCUGGAGUUCAAGAAGGGCAGCAAAAAGGAUCAGAAGCUGCUCAGGGAGCAACAGGAGGCCGAAAGGGCUCGUCGUGUCUCGCGGCCGAAGUGGGUCCAGGAUCAGCCACCCGGAUACGUCGCUCGCGGCGAAGACUUGGACGAGAAUGAUCCCAACUGCACGGCGACGUUGCUGUGGAAGCCGCCGCCUGCGGGUGAGCCGCCCGUCGAGAAGAUCAACGACUACGUUGCCGAUGCCAUGAGCAAGGCCAAACAGCUGGACCUCCCCGAGCGUUCUACGAACCUGCGCGAUGUGGCAGUGGAAACUCUGUUUCGAGAGGACUAUGAUCCGUCCAAGGCCCUUUCUACGCUUGUUAAAAAGCCCAGGUCCGAGUUCAAAGAACCCAGCUUCACUCCCGCAGAAGCGAAGAAGUUUGAAGAGGGUGUCUCAAAGUUUGGUUCCGAACUGCAUCUCGUCAUGAAGCACGUCAAAACCAAGCCGCCGGGAGAAAUUGUUCGACAUUACUAUGUCUGGAAGAAAACCGAGCGAGGAGCGCAAGUCUGGGGCAGCUUCCCCGGCAGAAAAGGGAAGAAGCAGGCCAAACGCGAAGACGCCGCCGCUUCCAAGCUCGCCGACGACGUGGCGCACGACGACGACGACUCGGCAUUCGACGCGGACAAGGCGGCACAGAAGAAGCGGAGCUUUAUCUGCCAGUUCUGCAAUACCACCAACGACCGACAAUGGAGACGAGCACCGAAUCCGCUGCCUGGACUGGUCAAUGAGCAGGGUCAAAAGGGCUCCGGCAAGGACAAGGCUGGGAAUCAAUACGUUGUUGCCUUGUGCCGACGCUGCGCCGAACUAUGGCGCCGUUAUGCCAUUCGAUACGAGGUGAUCGAAGAGGUGGCCAAGAAGGUUGCCCAGGCCGGUGGCCGCGCAUGGAAACGCAAGCAGGACGAAGAGCUCCUCAAGGAGCUGCAGCUCGCACAAGAACUGGGCUAUAUGACGCCUGAACGAGCCCCGACACCUUCCAAGGCCGCGCCGCAGCCCAGCGAAACGCAGGAGCCUCCUCGAAAGAAGCUCAAGUCUUCUGCCGAUAAGGAGGCGGAGGCAACCCCGUCCGAAAGCGGUAGCACUCCCAGCGCUGCGCCGACUAAGAAGAAGGAGAAAGCAGUUGUGGAGCCGCCCGCCGCCCCCGAGAUGCCAAAGCCGCGAACCCUUCCUUGUGCCAUCUGCAGCCAGAUGGAGCCGAUGGGAGACCAGCACCUAUCGUGUCGAGAGUGCCGCAUGACUGUGCAAGGCAAAUGGAUAUGCGACAUGUGUGCGAAUGACAAGGCACCGCAAGUUUCUAUUCAAUAUAAAUGUGUCUUGUGCCCUGUCGAGCACACCGAGCAUGACUUUGUGGAGCUGCCGAAGCUCACUCAUCAUAAGAAGAAGAUGUCCGAGAAGGACCGAGAGCGAGAAAAACUCGAAGUCCAGCAGGCCCGCAAGGCUGCCGAGUUCUAUCGCAAGAAGCAAGAAGACAUGAACCGCCCCGUGAACCCUCGCGAGCCGCUCAAGCGCACCGCGGACAACAACUGGGUUCAUGUCACUUGCGCGGUCUGGACCCCUGAAGUCAAGUUUGGCAACGCCAAGGCACUGGAACCCUCCGAAGGCAUCCCUUCCAUCCCGAGAUCCAGAUAUGACGAGAUCUGCCAGGCCUGUAACCAGCAAGGCGGAGCCUGUGUGCCCUGCCAUCAUUGCCGCGCACCUUAUCACGUCGAAUGCGCUCGGCAGAAAGGCCACGUUCUCGGGUUUGACAUCACCCCCGUCAAAAGCUCGCGGAGGGAUCAGUUCAACAUUGUUACGGUCAAUGGCGAGAGCGGGACCAUGUCUGCACUGCUGUGGUGCAAAGACCACCUGCCCACCAAGACUGUCGUCCAUCGGAUCCACGAUAUUGUCAACGAGUCCGGACUAAACGCCCUUCAGCUCUACGUCCAGAACUUCAAGCAGGCCGACCUCACCCUGACAGGAACCGUUCGCAAGGCCACCUUGAUGGCGGCAGCGGCGAAGCUGUCCGGAGCUCCGAUCCAGACAGGAAACCGCAGAGCAUCCACAACGACGGCGCCCAACGGCAGCUGGGCACAACCGCGCAACGGCGAGGUGGUUGAUGCUGGAUCCAAUGCACAGCACCCCGGAGAAAAGGUGUGCAUCACAUGCGGCAUAGACGUCACCCUGAGAUGGUGGCCGAUUAACACCUCGCAAGAGCGGAAGCUCACCAACGGUCACCACGGGACCAUUGGGUCGGAAGCACAGAAGUUUGUUGAGCAGCGGAGGUUCCAGUGUCACAAAUGCCAUAAAUUGCGAAAGGCUCCUCGCAGUCCGCGCCUGACUUUGCUACCGGGCCCGUCGCCUCCGCCGCCCGCGCCGACCGAACUACCGCGUCCUCAGCCGAUGGAGGCCAUCAUGACGACGCCAGUGCCUCCCCUGAGAGGUGCCACGCCGCCGGCCCCCCUAGUCGAUUAUCGCGACGGACGCCAUGCCAGCCAUCCUCUUUCGUGGCCUCAGCCGCCGAGCUCGCAUGCCAUGCCACCCGUGUCGACCCCUCCCACCAUACCGGCGCCGAUACAUGCGCCUGCUCAAGUGGCAGGACAUCGCCCGCCUCCGGUGACACAUGCGUAUCCGCCGGCGCCGUUACCGCCGGCCAGACCAACAGCUUAUAGCGACUGGGCGCCGCAUCGUCCGGGUAGCCAGCACAACUCUCCACCUCCUCCUCGACAUAUCAACGGAGGCCCCCCGCCUCCCCUGCUGCACAGCGCUCCACCCCCGCCGCCUCCGAUGUCGAAUCUUUCUGCUCUCCGGCCGCCUGCCAUGACUGGGCCAACAAUGCCUGGCGGCCAUCCACACGGGCACUCGUAUGCAAAUGGGCUUCCGCCGUCGCCUCGGCGCAUGAGCGGGCCGACUGCUCCCGCUCCAUAUGUUCCUCCCCCUUACCACGGCGGAGUGGGCCACUCUGGCCACGGGGGUCCCGUUCAUCCCCCGGCUCACCUCAUGAACAACGGGGCUCAACCGCCGCCGCCACCGCCGCCGCCGCGAACGGACGCAUUUUCGCAUGGUUUACAUCCUCAGAGAUCGUAUCCACCACCACCCACGCAUGCAAGCCCUCCCUUGCUGAGGAAUGGGCCGCCACCUCCACCGCCGCCUGCGCAUGAGGCGCCCUCAUCGUCCACGCCAAUGGCAUCGCGGCCUCCAGAAAGCAGGCCGGCUACCGGCGCGAGCACGAAUCCUUCUCUCCGCAACUUACUUUCUUGAGACGUUGGUUUGAUAACCACUGUUUCAUUGCCUUUUACCAGCUCUGUUUUGCUUACUCUCUUUCGUUUUGAAGAGCAUCGGGUGCAACGGAUGAGGAAGAGCACUGCUACUGCUAAUACAGGUUCGAAAAGCGAAUGCUGUAUAGAUAUGG